UUUUCAUUCUGUUUUUUUUUUAAAUUAUAUUUUGUUGUAAAAUAGGUUUGUUAAAUUGAAUUAAAAAAAAAAAGUAAUUUAAUAGAGUAAAAAAUUAGAAAUCAUUAAUAAUUAUGUAAAAUAAAAUUUUCUUAUUUUAUAAAUAUUUUAAUUGUAUUAUAUUUUUUAAAAGAUAAUUAUGAAAAUUAAUUCCAUGACAUAGCAAGCAAUUAUUAAUAGUAUAUAAUUAAUAUUUUUUAAGGUUAGUAAAUAAUUAAUAUUUACCAAUAAUAAUUGAAGCCUUUUUUAUAAUAAUAUUUGAAUAUCAAUAAUCCACUACUGCAUUCACCAUCUAAACAAAGCAUUAAAAUAAUGUAUGUACACAAGACAUCCAUGUGAUGGCAUUUUAUAUUAUCUAGGCUUAAUUGAGCUAUAUUUUUCACCAUUCUUAAAGAAUUCUAAGGAAUACUCUGUACAAUUAUUAUAAUAUUUAGUCUUAGGAUUUGCCAAAUUCUAAGGAAUACUCUGCACAAUUAUUAUAAUAUUUAGUCUUAGGAUUUGCCAAACUUAUAGAAAUAAAAUUAAUUCAUGGCACCAAUUGGCUAACAUACUAUUUAUGUCAGCUGGACAAAGUGGUUAUUUUGAUAAAGAAGAUAUCAUAUUCACUCCCAUCUAUUGAAAAAAUAUUGAAUAAUGUUCAUAUUAUAAAAUAAAAAAAAAUUAAAUAACAUCUGUCACCCAUUUUAUGUUACAUGUGUAUCUACUUGCCAUUUCUUGAGUAGGGUGACCCUGUUUAUUAAUAUUUUUUAAGUUUUAAUACAUCAUUUUGACCUUAAAUUUAAAAUUAGGUAAAAUAAAUGUUUACAUCUAUUUUUUGUUUUUAGUUAUCAAAUAAAGUAAAAUUUGAUAACUUAAUAAUAAAAAAAUUAACCUAAUAGUUAAUACAUUAAUAAAUCUGAUUUUUACUAAUUACUACUGGAAUUUAUAGAAAAAUUUAAUUUUAAUCCAUAUACUGAGAAAAUGCUUAAAAAAUUAAAUAGUCAAUUUGUAAUGUAUGGAUCUCUAUUUGUGAUGCUAUGAUGUAUAUGAAAGUAGAGCAAAAAUCUUUUUCACCUGUUAAUUUCUUAUAGUUAUAAAUGAAAAUAAAAUCAAGCUAUGAAAAAUAAUGAAAAUAUCUUUUUAAAGAUAAAGGAAUAUAUUUUUUUUGUAAUAAAAUAUCUAAUAUUUUAUAAUUUUGUUUAUUUAAAUAUAAAAAUAAUAAACAUUACUUAUUAUUUUUAAUCAAAUAUUAUACUUUAUUUUUACGUAAUAAGUAUUUAAAAUUAGGACUAUUUAGUACUUAUUAUUUAAUAUUUACUAAAUUACUAAUUAUAUUAUUCCUGUCAUUGUAGAAAGGUUGUAACUUUGUAUUUUCUUUAUAUUUUGUGUAGAGAUCAUCAAAUUAAGUCUAUCAAUAUGUCACGUGAUAGAGGAAAUGAAAACUUACCUAGUGAGGAUAUUGGAUGGCAUUUUGGUACUGCGGUAGACGGUAAUAGACAUGUUAUUAUGUGUAAGUUAUGUGGGAAGAUAAUCAAAGGGGGCAUUACACGCUUGAAACAACACUUGGCACAUAAAAAGGGUCAAGUAGCUGGAUGCUCAAAUGUGACCACACAAGUAAGAGAACAAAUGAUGAAACAUCUACAACAGUAUGCUGAGAAGAAAAGAGAUAAACAAAAAAGGCAAGAAGAAGCAGAAGCCCAAAUUAGAGGAGAUUUUGAGAAUUUGAGCGAUGAAGAAGACUUAGAAGAAGAAAGUAUGAGAUUUGCUCGACAAAAAAGCAUGCGAUCACAACAACAAUGGGAAGAAAGACAAAGAUUUCGAGCAAGAACAACUGGAAGGGGUAAUAUUUAUGAAGAGGGAGGUGGCUCUGGCAGUGGUGUUACCAGUGGUUUCAAUAGAGCAGGAGCUCGAUCUUAUAGUGGUCGAGAAGCUGGAGGUAGUGGACGACAAUGGAUCAAUCCUGAUGCCCCUGAAGCUAGACUAAAGGCAAUGGAUCCUAUUUUAGAAAGAAGCAAGAGUGCGAAACAACCAAAACUCAACACAAAGUUACUGAAAGGUUUAAGAAGUAAAUUAGAAAAAGCGGUUGGAAAAUUCCUAAUUUAUAAUCGGAUUCCAGCGAAUGUAGCUGACUCUCCAUUUAUGCAACCUAUGCUUGAUAUUGCUGCAGAGGUUGGAAAGGGGGUGAAGGGUCCAUCAUCCUAUGAGAUAUCUGAAAUUUAUUUGGAGCAAGAGUAUCAAGAAAUGAAAAAUUAUAUAGCUUCUUUUGCUGGAAUUUGGAAGGAAAGAGGUGUAACACUUAUGUGUGAUGGUUGGUCAGGACCAACUAGAAAACACAUUAUAAACUUUUUAGUUUAUUGCGAUAGAGGCACCGUGUUUCACAAAUCAGUUGAUGCCUCUGAUGUGCCAAGCAGAACAGCUGAAUAUUAUUUCAGAUUAAUGGAUGAGGUGGUUGAAGAAAUUGGAGAGGAGAAUGUUGUUCAAGUAGUGACUGAUAAUGAAGCUGCAAUGAAGGUAGGAGGAAAAUUAUUGAUGCAGAAGAGGCCCAAUCUCUAUUGGACAGCAUGUGCAGCUCAUUGCAUAGACCUUAUUCUUGAAGAUAUUGGUAAGAAAAGUAACGUGAAGAAGGUCUUAGAAGAUGCAAGAACAAUAACCUCAUUUAUUUACAACCACACAUGGACAGUGAAUUUCAUGAAGAAAUUCACAAAUAAUAGAGAGUUACUUCGCCCUGCCAUCACUCGAUUUGCCACAAAUUUCAUUGCUUUGGAGACUAUUGUCAGGCAUAAACAAGCACUAAGGGAAAUGUUUACAUCUGAUGCUUGGAAAAACUCAAGAUUUGGAAUGGCAAAAUCAGGCCCAGCAUAUGAUUCGAAGAAAAUUAUCUUAGGCAAAGAGUUUUGGCAAAAGGCCUCUGAUAUAAUUAAAGUGCAAGAACUCUUGGUGAAAGUUCUUAAAUUGGUUGAUGGUGAUGAAAAACCAACCAUGGGCUUCAUAUACGAGGCAAUUGAUAGGGCGAAGUUGGCCAUUCAAAAAGAUUGCCGGUUUUACAAAGAUUAUUGGAAAAUUAUUGACAACCGGUGGAGUUUUCAGUUGCACCAAGAUUUGCACGCUGCUGGGUAUUUUUUGAACCCACAAUUUCUUUAUGGUGCCCCACCCUCUCCUGAAGUUGCUAGAGAAGUCAUGGAUGGAGUUAAAAAAGUGAUAAUCAAGUUGGUACCCGAUAUAGAUACUCAAAUUCGGGCUAUUAAUCAAUUGUUGCUAUAUCGAGAUAGGCAGGAGACUUUUGGAACCCCAUUGGCUCAAAGGGCAGUGAAACAAACAAAUCCUGCUGAAUGGUGGAUUCAUUAUGGCUUGUGUGCUCCUGAACUCCAAAGAAUAGCAAUUAGAGUUCUUAGCCAGACCACAUCAGCUUCGAACUGUGAGCGUAAUUGGAGCACCUUUAGCCUCAUCCAUACGAAAACAAGAAAUAGAUUAAAGUACAUGAGACUACAAAAACUUGUUUUCGUACAUUACAACAUGAGGUUAAAGUUAAGACGUACAAUGAGAAGAAGCCAACGAGAAAUUGAAGAGGGUUUCAAUCCUAUCAAUUUGGACUACAUUUUCGAAGAAGAUGAUCCUUUAAGUCAAUGGUUAGAGGAGAGAGAGACACCACUACUCGACGGUCAGGACAAUUCAAAUUGGUUAAAUGAAGAGGUUGGUGGUACUACAGAAGGAGGUGAUCAACCACCAAUAAACGCGCAUGAUGAUUCAAGUUCAAGCCCUGAACGUACACAAAGUAAUGACAAUCUUGGUUUGAGCCCACCAAGUGAUGAUGAUGGUAAUAGUGGUGCUGGAGCUGGGGUUGGGGGGGUGGCAGUGGUGGUGGUGGAGGCGGCGGUGUAGAAUAUAAUUAUGGAUAUGAUACAGGGACAUCAUUUGGAAGGGAUAUAUAUCCUUCUGAUCCUUAUGGACUACAUGACAUACCUGAAAAUUAUGACUUGGGUAUUCCUCCAGGGAACCAAUCUUCACAACCCAGGAGAAGGAGUGCUCGUGGUGACCCUAACGAUUCUACUGAAGAUUCAUAUGGUGUGGUUUGUAGUUUUGGCGACUUUGGUUUAGAUGGUUCAUCAUCACAAUCAUAUGGAUCUUAUCCAGCAUAUCCACAUUAUGCAUCUCGUGACUCACAUUUUUAUCCUAGUGGAUCAGGAAUCUCAGGAUCUAGUGAGUCUUCUUCUACACACUACCCAGAGCCAGCCCCUGCCCCAACUUAUAGACAUUAUUCAGGAGAAUUUUCAUCACCAAUACAUUUUCAAGAGCAACAACAAAAUGACGUAAACUUGGGUUCAUUCAACUAUGUAUUUCCACAAGGAUGGGGAGAUAAUUUCCCAUCCCAAUCCCAAGAUACAGAUGCAAAUUAUGAAGACCCUCCACGUCAUUCUUUUUGGUGGUGACAUGUGUUAUGUUACAAAUUUGUAAUAUUGUAUUCAUGUAUUUUCAACUAUUUAUUGAUAUUUGAUAUUAAUCACUUUUU